GAAUGCGACUCGUUCUUCUUUUUCUCUCCUCUCCCCUGCCAUCUCUUUCUUGAAACAUACAUAGUUCCUGCAAGAUUAACUGCUUUGAUUAAAUACUGGUACCUGCCUUGUAACUCCAAGUUCCAGUUUAUCAGGAAAGAUAACUUCAGAUGGGAUUUCCAAAUUAGAAGGUACAAGCAUUGGACCUGACAGAGAACAUCCAAAAUGAUAUUAACCCUUCUGAGGAGAGGUACCGUGGUCAAUCGACAUUCCCUGUUAAGAGUUUGCUGCUUUUGCUCGAGAGCCUCCAACAUCAUUGGUAAAGAGGGUAACCGGGAAGUUGCUUCAACAAACUACUCUAGUAGGAUCCAUCUUUCACCCUUGUUCAGUGAUAGCACUCCUCAGUCAGCACGUUAUGACAUUGAGGUUGUGGACAAUGAUACUUGGCAAGUUUCAUCUGAUCUAGCUCACAAUUGGCGAGGUUUUGAUACAAAAAUCAAGUCUACAUCUUUUACCCAACAGGCUGAUCAAAAGGUAGAAUAUGAUUCUCCUGUUACUGUUGGUGAUCAUGAUUUUGAUGAAAUUGAUAAUAUGAGAAUUCGUGGCAAUCUUUUCUAUAAGAUUGAUCGAGGUUCCAAAGAGUUUGAGGAGUACAGUUAUGACUUCCAUAGGAGGAAAACCUCAAAGAAGAUGGAUGAUCAAAUUGGAAGUGAAAAGAAGGAAUCUUCGAAGAAAAAGGAUGAUCCUAAGGAAGGUAAGAAGAAGGAGAAGAUUGGUGCUAAAUCAGCCUCUGGAGGGGAAAAACCACUCAAAGUGGUAAAGAAUGGAAGUGAUACUGAUAUUAUUGGUAAAGUGGAGACUUCUAGCAUGGGGGAAAAGAAGGUUAGAACACCAACCUUUAAUCAACUCACAGGUCCAUACCAUGAACCAUUUUGCCUAGAUAUUUACAUAUCGAAAGCAUCUGUUCGAGCAUGCAUUGUUCACCGAGCAACUAGCAAGGUUGUUACCGUGGCUCAUUCUAUUUCUAAGGACAUGAAAUUUGACCUGGCUUCCACUAGGAAUGCUGCUGCUUGUGCUACUGUUGGGGAAAUUCUUGCUCAGAGAGCAUUGGCAGAUGAUAUCCACGAUGUGAUUUACACACCAAGGAAAGGGGAGAAAUUGGAGGGAAAGCUUCAGAUUGUUCUUCAGUCUAUUAUUGACAAUGGUGUGAAUGUGAAAGUCAAGCUUAAGCAAAGAAGACCCAAGAAAGCAACCCAGGCAUCUAUAAUUUAAAAGCAUUUAUGUUGCUGCAUUGGCUUCUUUAUCUGCUCCAGUCUGUUAUCUCAUUCUGGCAUCAAACUGUUUGCCAGAAAACCUGCAUAAUGCAAGAUUAUGUCUCACGGUCUCAGCAAGCCAACACUCAUGCUUUCUCUCAUUGGAACAUGAAAUUGUUGCACUUCCUACAUAGCAUAUGAUUUGUAGGGAUAAAGACUAGUUGCUCAAUUUUGCCGACAUUGUGAGGUGGACAGACCCUGAAAGUGCCCCUGAAAGUGUCAAGAUUUUCCGAAUUCAGUUUUGCACCUUUCCAUCUCCCAGGAUAGCGUGCAAAUGGCAACAGGAUGCACGGAGUUACCACUUCAGGUGAAAUAUAAUCCUUGUGUCCAA